AUGGCGAAGAUAGACACCCACGCCCACGACCACCCACCCUCACGCCUCACCUCUCUCACUCUCACCCACCCUCAUGGAAGCCCCAGCCGCCGCCUCUCUCCUCAGUCGUCCUCACUCGCACAUCCGCCUCCGGCCUCCGGCUCUCUCACUCUCUCUGCCGCUCUAACUCUCACGGUGAAAGAAGCCCUAGCCGCCGCUCUGCCGAUCUCCUCAGUCCUCCUCGGGCUCGCACGUCCGCCUCCGCCAAGCUCCGCCGAGAUGUCUUCAUCGAAAAAGCAAAAAGAGAUAGAGUCUCAAUCUAGUCAAAAAGAAACCGAAACUACUGAAACACAAGAGACAACUAAGGAAGAAGGGGAAUGUACUAAGAAAAGGAAGAAAGCCCGACAAGUAAGCCCAGUUUGGCUGCAUUUCACGAGGGACGAAAAAACCAAGAGGGCUACUUGCAAGCAUUGUGGUGUCACUUAUGCCGCUGAUUCGAAAAAGAAUGGCACGUCUAUAAUGAAAAGUCAUAUAGAAAGUUGCUUGAUGAAUCCAGAGAGUGAAAACAAACAAAAGACCAUCCAAUUUAGUAGAAAGAUCGGAGCACAUGAAGAGGACACUGCUACUAGUACUAUGACACUAAGAGCUUGGUCCAAAGAGGGUUAUAAGAGAGCCGUUUCGGAGUAUAUCGUAUUGGAUGAGUUACCAUUCCGACACGUGGAAGGUAAAGGGUUUAAGCGCUAUUCGGCGUACUUGAAUCCUAGAGUGUUUGACAUUUCAAGGAUAAUAAUUGCGAGUGAUGUUUAUCAAAUGUUUUUAGAGGAGAAAAAGAAGUUGAAGAAGGUUUUAGGAAAGCAACGGAAAAUGAUCAUUAAUUUCAUCCAAGUUCCGAAUCAUAAAGGAGAGACAGUUGCACAAGAGAUUUUAGUUUGCCUUAAUAAUUGGGGCAUAACUACAUUGUUCACAGUUACAGUGGACAAUGCAACGUCCAAUGAUGUGGCUAUGGACAUGUUGAAGAGAAAAGUCAAAGAUAUUCCUAAUUUUCUCGUCUUAGAUGGCCAGAUGAAACAUAUGCGGUGUGUCUGUCACAUUCUAAACUUGAUUGUUAAUGAUGGGCUCACGGACUUAGCAUAUUCUAUUGCAAGCAUCCGCAAUGCAGUUAGGUAUGUGAGGUCCUCACCUCAACACCUCAAAAAGUUUAAGGAGUGCAUGAAGGAAGAAAACAUCAACUUAACUGCCCUAUUGUGUUUGGAUGUGAAGACGAGGUGGAACUCUACCUACCUAAUGUUGGAGACUUCUUUCGAGUUUGUCCCCAUUUUUGAGAGGUUGCUUUUGGAUCAAAACAAUUGUGCUUACUUUGAUGAAGUUAUAAAAGACAAAAAGAUGGAGGGUCCACCAAAUGAGACGGAUUGGGACAAUGCACGGUUAGAGGAGUGUGAUGAUCCUAUGUUUAAUGAAAUGGAAACGAUGAUGAAUAAGAAAUUUGAUAAGUAUUGGGGAAAUGUCGAGAAAAUGAAUCACAUGAUGUUUCUUGGCUUGGUUCUUGAUCCAAGAUAUAAGUUGGAUUAUCUUGUUCUUGCCUUCAAGUGUAUCUACAAUGAUUCGACAUCUGUCACGUUGUUAAAAGGGGUUGAGGACACAUUGCGUAGAUUGUACAAGGAAUAUCAUGAUCGGGCUCCUCCUCCACCUUUGGCUCCCUCGUCGCCCCCCCCCCCUAAUUCUACUAUUAAGCAACCACAAUUAUCACAGUUGGCCAAACCUCGAUUUAGGAAUACAAGGUCAGCUCACUCAGUAGAAACUUAUUCUGGUUGUAAUUCAAGUCCUUCAACAAUUACGGCAUCUAGUGAGCCCGCCUCAAUGCCGGUUAUUGAUGAUGAGAUAGAGGCCAUGUUUAGAAAGCAAAAGAUGAGUGGGAAUGGUUGGUGGAAAGUAAAUGCUCCUAGGUAUAAGGUCUUGUCCCAAAUAGCUAGAGAUGUGCUUGCAGUUCUGGUUUCGACGGUUGCAUCUGAAUCAGCUUUUUCUACAUGUCGUCGUAUUCUUGAUCCUCUUAGGAGUUCAUUGGCUCCCAGGAUGGUGGAAGCACUUAUUUGCUUAAAAAGUUGGUUGAACGCGAAGGAUGAAGAAUAUGAACCCGUGGUUCUUAGGCAAUAUAUGGAUGAGGUUGAAUCUUUUGCAGAUUGCUAUCAUGUUGUCUCGAGUAAUGCUAAUCAUGAUUGUACAUACUACACAUACUUGAUAUAA